CUGAGCAGGCGGGGGCAAAAUCGUCUUUUACUAUAUCGGCUCGGCUAUUAGUAUAUAGUAAAUAUCAUUUAGUAUAAAACAGUUCGUUUUGAAUUAUUCAUAGAAGGUACCAAGCUUAGUUGCUGAAAAUUUCAUCUUAUUUGGAGAGAAAAUGCAGCGUCUAAUCCUCAUAUCAGCCUAUUGCAUGCUAAUGUCAAUGGCUUUCUUCAAGGUGUGCCAUAAUGCAUGCACAGAAUCAGAGUGUGGUGACCAUGAUGAUCAUCGCCUUGCUAUUCAUGUCCCGGUCAAUCGCGCCCGUUGUCGUGGUGGUUAUUUUCAGCAGCAGAGCGACAAGACGGUUGUUGAGCAGAAGCAAAUGUUAGUAAAAUUCUUUGUGAAACACAUAGAUUAUAAGCACCAGAAAAUUCAAGUACAUACUCCAGAUGAUUGCUUUCUCCUAAAGCAAUUAGAAACCCCAAGCAUGAAACCAAUGUUCUCUCCUUUGAACUUCUCAGAAUAUCAGCCGUAUCAGUGCAUCAGCUUAUUCAACUGUCCCACAGCUAAUUAUCCGCACAUGCAAGUCCCCUGCCUCAGUGACCUGGUAUACAAAAAUAUCUAUGCCGUUUCUUCGGAGGUUCAAGCCCCACAGUACUGUACAAAGAUGUAUGAUUUAAUAAAUCCAUACGGACCUAUGCAUCCGGGUAACUAUUUUUGGUAUCCAGAUAACUAUUUUUUGUAUCCAGAUAACUAUUUUCGGUGGUCUACACCAAAUUGUACAGAAUGUGAAGCGAAGCGUAAGAAGUGUCAAUUGAAGAUCAACGGCACCGAAAGUGAAAUUGAAUGUGUUCAUUUUAGCAAACCAAGUGCAACAAAAACAUUAGUGUCUACAGGUGCAACUGUGACUACAAUCAUUUUACUAAUAUUGGUGACUGUAUUCUAUAGAUCUGAUAAAAAGGAAAGAGAGAAUCAAUUGAAAAUUGAAAAAUUCCUAGAGGAUUACAAAGCGCUCAAGCCAAGCAGAUAUUCCUACGCAGAUAUUAAAAGAAUUACAAAUCAAUUUGAGGACAAGUUGGGCCAAGGAGCGUAUGGAACUGUUUUCAAAGGGAAGCUUUCAUCUGAAGUUUUUGUUGCUGUUAAAGUCCUCAACAAUUCCGAAAAAGGAGAUGGGGAAGAAUUCAUCAAUGAGGUGGGAACAAUGGGUCAUAUCCAUCAUGUCAACGUGGUUCGCAUGGUUGGCUUCUGUGCAGAAGGAUUUAGACGAGCUCUUGUUUAUGAGUUUUUCCCCAAUGGUUCGCUACAGGAUUUCAUUUCAUCAGCAGACAACAAGAAUUCUUUCCUUGGUUGGGAUAAGUUAAAAGAUAUUUCUCUAGGCAUUGCCAAAGGAAUUGAAUAUCUACACCAAGGAUGCGAUCAACGAAUUCUUCAUUUUGAUAUCAAACCUCAAAAUGUUUUGCUAGAUCAAAACUUCACUCCAAAAAUUUCUGAUUUUGGGAUGUCCAAGUUGUGUGCCAAGGAUCAAAGUAUAGUGUCAAUGACUAUGGCUAGGGGGACUAUAGGCUAUAUUGCGCCUGAAGUGUUCUCCCGGAAUUUUGGAAAUGUGUCAUAUAAGUCAGAUGUCUAUAGUUUUGGAAUGUUGUUGCUCGAGAUUGUAGGAGGGAGGAAGAAUAUUGGUGAAACCAUGGAUAACUCUGGGGAAGUAUACUACCCAGAAUGGAUACAUAAUCUUUUAGAUGAAGGGGAAGACCUUCGAGUCCAUAUUGGGGAAGAAGGAUCGAGAAUAGAUUCUCGAAUUCCAAAAGAACUAGCAAUUGUAGGCCUUUGGUGUAUCCAAUGGCACCCAAUGAAUCGUCCAUCCAUGAAAUCAGUGGUUCAGAUGUUGGGAGGAAGAGAAAACUUAACCAUGCCACCUACCCCUUUUGCCUCUACAGGUCCUACAAGAACUAAUGCAACAAGUCGCCCGGCUGCAAGACGCUUCAACCUCGACUUAGAAGCAAUUGUUGAAUUAGAGUAAAAAUGUUGAAUUAAUUAUUAUUUAUGCAUCGAGAGUUUGGAAAUGUAUGUACAAAUUAGUUAUAUGUGCCAAAGUUU